GUGGCAGAAGUCUGUAGGUGUUUCUUAAAGAAGAAGCAGAAGAAGAAACACCAGUGGGAAUGAAUUUUACGAGCACUAUUACAAAGCUACUUUUGACGACAAAAGGGGUUCAGUUUUACCACAGCUCCUUUUAAUUGAGGCAAAAUGCCUCGUUAUGCACAGCUAGUGAUGGGUCCUGCGGGUAGCGGUAAGAGUACCUACUGCUCCACCAUGGUCCAGCAUUUAGAGGCCUUAAACCGUUCAGUUCAGGUGGUCAAUUUGGACCCAGCAGCUGAGCACUUUGAUUACCCUGUCAUGGCAGACAUCCGUGAGCUCAUUCAGGUAGAUGAUGUGAUGGAGGACGAUUCUCUAAGAUUUGGCCCUAACGGAGGUUUGGUUUUCUGCAUGGAGUACUUUGCCAAUAACUUUGACUGGCUGGAAGAAAGCCUGGGUCACGUGGAAGAUGACUACAUAUUUUUUGACUGCCCAGGGCAGAUUGAGUUAUACACACACCUCCCUGUAAUGAAGCAGCUGGUGGAGCAGCUCCAGCAAUGGGAGUUUCGGGUUUGUGGAGUCUUUCUGGUUGACUCACAGUUCAUGGUGGAGUCUUUUAAGUUUAUCUCCGGAGUCAUGGCCGCUCUGAGUGCAAUGGUCUCAUUGGAGAUUCCUCAAAUAAACAUCAUGACAAAAAUGGACCUGCUUAGCCCGAAAGCCAAGAAGGAGAUUGAGAAGUACCUGGACCCAGACAUGUACUCAAUGAUGCAAGACAGCUCCAACACAAUCAGAAGCAAAAAGUUCCAGAAGCUAACCAAAGCUAUUUGUGGACUUAUCGAUGACUACAGUAUGGUAAGAUUCCUCCCUUUUGACCGCACUGAUGAAGAAGGUAUUAACAUAGUACUGCAACACAUUGACUUAUCAAUACAGUACGGAGAGGACCUGGAGUUCAAGGAGCCAAAGGAGGUUGAGGAAGAGCCUGCUAACCUAAAUUAUGAUGAGAUUUUUCAAGACAAAGCGAACAGCUGAGGGGCACUGUGGCUGUGCUGCAAAAGCAGAUUUUGUGUAAUGAGGCUGGCAGAGGAGCUCAAUCGGACUGUUCAGUAUAUCUGUAUGGAUACUUAGAAAUGGACAUGUGAAGAAGAGUGUGGAUGUCAUAAAUAAUUUGUCAUGUAUUUUAAAGUUUUCUUUUGUUUCUUUUGAUGAAUGAAGAAAUAGAAAACUCAUGUUUUAAUAUUUUAACAUAGUGGUUUAAGGCAUUUAGACGUUUAAGAGUUAUUAAA